AUGUCUGACCAUACGGACCACACCAUAUCGCAAGACCAUAAAGCAAAGCUCCAUCGCAUCGGAGAAGGAUUCUGCGGGACUGUGUGGGCCGCAACUAGUGACGACAAGGAAAUCUCAGCUGCAUGGGUCUUCAAGAGAGAAGACGGCGGUCCUUCACGUUCUCUCCAUAAUGACUACCGCAUGCACCGUCGUAUCCUGAAUUCGCAUCCCAUCCUUCGGUUCUGUGACGAGGAGGCUGCUGGUGGAAAGAUACUGUCCUCCAGACUUGCGGCCCGAGAUCUUGUCCAGCGAUACCAACAGAAGUUGCCUCAUUCGACCCUACCUUGGUCGCAGGGGGAUACAACGGACAUCCGAGCCCGGGUGCUGUAUGCCAGAGCUAUGGCUGAAGCACUGGCCACCAUCCAUUGGCUUGGACAAAUGGAUGGCAAUGAUAUAGAAUUUGUCCUAGCUCCGCCUCCUGCUGAUGGCACGCACGAAGGUGACACCUGGGUGAACAUCCUAGGUCCACACGCUCUGUGGAUAUUGGAUUUCGACCUUGUUCGUAUCAUCACAAUGAAUGAGCACGGUGUCUUACAGGCUGUGACAGCUUUUCAGAGAAAUGAUCCCUUUUAUCCUCGACCUGGUCGUGGAUCUAUUCUGUGGGAGGUGUUUCGAAAACAGUAUUUGAGCACCAGCCAUGACUGCAUUACCACUGUGAUGGAUGGCAGUGGACAGCGGGAAAGACUUGCACUGUCUCAGAGAUUCAUCGAGAUUCUUGAGGUGGAGGGACCGUAG